CGUCUAAUCAUCUGUUACCGGCCGAAGGCAUUAUUUUUUUGUAUGUAUGUGUAUUGGUAGUGGUGCAACUGGUGCUGGAGCCACUUGAAACUUGAAAUAGUUACGAAAAUUUAAACACAUACUUACAAACCACAUACAAUGUGUUUUGUGAUAUGUUUAUGCAUCUCAACAACAAUAAUAAACUAAAUAAUUUAUUUAGUUAAACUGAUUUAUGUUUUUUGUAAUCAAUUAUAAAACACCAUAAGCCGCUGUAAUUCAUAGUAAAUAAUGUUGGCUGCUGCUAGAAAUUUAAGUACAUACAUACAUAUGUAUGUACAUAUAAGUAUAUACGCGCAUGCAUGUUUGUAUGGCUGUGUGCGUUUGUAUACAGUAAAAAUUAGUCAUGAGUAUAAGGUGCUCUUGGCCAAAAGUUGUUUACGGUUUUUUAUGCUUUGGCUUACGUUCUCAACCACCUUGGCGGAUGUUAAACAACAAAUAAGCUGCUCUCUCUAGCGCAUGUCAGAGAGUGUAUGAGCGCGCACGCACUGGAGAGCAGUUGGAAAAAUCAUAUUAUUUGGUCUUUACAAAGCGUGUGUUGGAGCAAUAGUCAGUCUGUUUGAGUUGGAUACCAGUAGUCAUCGGAUAGACUCGACGUGGAACGGUCGUUUGGUGUUUGUUAGUUAAUAAGGGGGGAACGUGGUGUUCACGACAGAAGUCACUAUUUGUUCCUUCACUUUUGAAUAAGUGUACAAUUUUCCUUGCGUUCGCAUCAAUAUAAAUAUUAAAUAAAUAAUUAUAUAAAUAUAUAUGUGUGUAUUUAUGCAAAUGCAUUAAUGUCCUGCUAAAUCACUAUAUAUAAAGCAACAGUCCGCAAACGUUCAUAUUGUCUAGUAUAUAUGAAUGUUUGUAUAUACAUGUAACAGCUGUAGUGUAUGUGCGUGUGAAUAAUUUACGUUAGUACUCACAGAAAAAUAUUAUAAGCGAAUAAGCGAAGAAAAUCAAAGAUAUUUUUACGGUGGAGUUUUUCGGGUUCGGCCAAUAAAACAGCAAAAAUUCGUACAAACACGAAACGGAAAACGGAAAAAAUAACGCAAUAGAUUCAAUUCUUGCAAUUGAGUUGGAAUCUGUAAAAUCGAAAGAAGUCAAAUUGAUAUAAGAAGAAGCACUAGAAGAAGGAAAAAGUGCGAAAUUUGUGUGAACGCGCGUGUGUUUGUGUAUAUGUAUACAAAUUGUGUGUGUUUGUGUUUGUAUAAGUGUAUGCGAAAAGUGAAUAGCAGAAGAAUUGUGAAAAACAGGUUUCUUAGUUGUGGCAGCGGUCGCUUAUAUAGAAGUAGCAGUAGCAACAGCAACAGUAACAACAAAGGCAACGGCAAUAGCAAGAGCAGAAGCAGCAGCACCGCAUAUGCAACAUUAACCAAAUCAACGAAUUGAGCAUACGAAAAGCAGAACCAAUAACAACAAUACCAAACAAACUUAAAAAUACAAAAAAACAGUAUAAUACGCCGCAGCAGCAGAGAAAAAAAAAGAAUUGUGAUGUGCGUUUAGGUGUAUUAAUGCUUGAAUAAGAAAGUGUGUAUUAACUCAACAUUGACCACCAAUACAUACACUCAUAUUUUUGUACAUACGCAUUUGUAUGAAUAUUCUACGAUAUUUCUCCUGUGAUAUUUAAUCAAAAAACUUCAGUUUCCUACAACAAUUGAAAUUUAGCAAAUACUCAAACGCGAACAACAACAACAACGCUAAUAAAAAUACCGGACACGCAUAUUCAAGCAGUCAAGUGUUAACUUUUGUUGUUGUUAUUAAAUAACUUGGUGUUUGUGUGUGUAUUUUUGCAUUUCUGACAUGUGCUUGGCGUGUUCGAAACGGUGAUGUUACCAAAUAAACUGGUUGUAAUCUACUGCCAACAAACGACGCAAGAACAACGUCCCAACGAUAACAGUAUCAACACCAGCAGCAACAUCAUCAACAGCAACAACAAUUGCAUUAACACGAGGAACAGCAGGAACAGCCAAGGCAACAACAUCAACAACAAUAACUGCGUCAUUGGCAAUUGCCAACAUCACAGCGUGAACGACAGCGAUAGCGACGCCACCAGCGACGACGACGCCGACGACGAGGACUACGUCAAUGACGGCCACGCCUCAAUCAAGUAUGAAAAUUGUGUUGGUCAAGUGUGUCGUGUUUGUGGUUGCAUUUUGAGUGUGUUAACGUCGUUACCAAGUCUGCAGCAACAAGCGAGCACGCAUCCCGUUUGUAUUCCAGACCAACAACAACAACACGAACAACAACAGCAGCAAAAGCCAUUGCAACAGCAAAACCAAGAAAAGCUAAAACAAAAACAAAUACAAGCAUAUUUAUGUGCAACACAACAACAACAAGUACAACAAGGUUGUAGAAGAACACUUACGAAACCAGAAACAACAACAACGUCAACAACAAUAAUAACGCACGCAAGUCGUACGUAUGCAUUGCCAGCAAACUUCCGUCAUUUGCCAUUCAAAGUGCGGCCAGUGAGGUCUAUUGAACUGUAUGCGAAGCAGAAGCAGAAGUAUUGGAAACGGAAAUUUGCAAACAUAAUUCGAAAAUAUGAAUUUAAUUAUUGUCGCCAUUGUGCUACUAAUGGCCCACAAGGAAUACAUGGCAAGCCCAACACCAUUGAAAUUACCAGGACACACACAAAAGCUCUCCCCCUAUAUACGCCACUGGGAGGCGGCGGAUUUCGAUCGUUCAAAUUUGCACUCGGCACAUCAGGAACACAUCGAACAGAAACGUCAUCGUCGAAAAAGAGCACUGAAUUCGGUCGAAUUCGGGCCGGUGCACACAAUCAGACUGAAUUUCUUUGCUCAUGACAGAGAAUUUCGCAUGGUUCUCCAACAGAAUCCUUUGUCGGUGUUUGCGGGUGAUGUUGAAAUCGAAAGCACGCAUGGACCGGUGGAUUAUGACAUUUCGAGAAUAUACACCGGCACACUAGAGGGUGAUGAGAACUCGCAUGUGCAUGCCAUUCUCACCAGCGACAAUCUGCUCGAUGGCACCAUCGAAACGGCCGGUGAGCACUACUAUGUGGAGCCAGCGCAUCGCUAUUCAAGCAAUUUGCCCGCAUCGGGUGUGCACAGUGUCAUUUACAAAGUCAGCGAUGUGCAAAUACGCAAGUCGGCGACAGCCGAGCACUGCGCCAGUGAACGACUGCGGCGCGACAUGCUGCUGAACGAUCUGAAGCGACGGAAAGCGGUCACCACCAAAGCGGAAGCGUCAAAGUCGCUAGAGCGUCACAAGCGUUGGCUGCCGGAUGAGUUGGCCACAACCAGCGAUGACCAUCAAAAUCCGCCGCUGCCAUUGGACUUGGACGUGCCCUACAAUGACGAUUUCAGCAUUUUUGCGGCUGGCGGCAGCCGUGGACGCUUUCGAGAGCAAGAACGCGGAAAGAACCGCGAACGGGAUCGCGAUGGAGAUCGGGAUCAAGAUCGAGAAGAGAUCACUACAACGAAAAGUGUAACUAACAACAAUAACAAUAACCGGGAGUAUAAUUAUAAUAGGGAACAGCAACGAAACAGAUAUCAGCAAUCAACUACAACAACAACAACGUGGCGUAGUGUGGCCGCUGUCGAUAAAGAAACAUCCGACAGAUAUGGUGAAUUGCUGCGCAAUGUGAAUAGUGCCAAUAGUGAUAACAACAGUAACAACAGUAACAACAACAACAACAGUACGAGAAGUAACUCCUAUGUUCCGUCCCUUAUUGUAGCGAAUGCGUCCACUUCUGGUGGUGGUGUGCAGAAUCGCAAUAUCCUUGUGAACAAUUACAAUCCUGGCAAUAGUUAUAGCAAUAGCAACACUAACUACAACAACAAUAAUAACAAUAAUAACAGUAACAAUAACAAUGGCUUGCGCAAAACCUAUGCCAAGCACAAGAAUAUCAUUGUUAGCACUUACAGCAACAAAAACAACAACAAUAAUAAUAACAACAGCAACAGCAGCAAUAAUCGUUCAUAUCCUUACGAUUUUAUCAUCAACGGCGGUGGCAACAACAACAACGCAAACAACAAUAAUGGCGUUAACUAUAAUUACAACAUAAAUAAUCGUUUCGACACUAACAAUUUCUUUCAAACGAAUUGGUCCACCAUGUUCACCAACAACAACAACGAUCGUCCCAGUCAUAAGACACACGUCGAGAUCAUAACGAAAAAUGGCGCCACGAAGAAACCGAAUAUCAUUGUGAAUAAUUAUAAUCCGGAUAUUAUGUUAGUGCCGAAUCCACAAAAUCCACAUUUUAACAGCAUGCUGAUGACAAAUUUGCUGAGUGGGCGUGGUCGUGAUGCUGCGUACGAGACAAAUUCUAAGGAUAGCGCACAAUCGAUGUACGAUCGCAAGAUCACGUGUAUGCUAUAUCUGCAAGCCGAUCACACAUUUUUUCAGAAGAUGGGCUCCGACGAGGCUAGCAUUGAGGCGAUCACGCGACACGUGCAACGCGCAAACUCGAUCUACAAGAAUACGGAUUUCAACAAUGAUGGCAAGCCAGAUAAUAUAACAUUCAUGAUCAAGCGCAUCAAGGUGCAUAAUAUGAAUGCGAUCAGGGAUCCGAGUUAUCGAUUUCCAGGCAAUUACGGUGUGGAAAAGUUUUUGGAACUCUUUUCAGAGGAAGAUUAUGACGCAUUUUGCCUGGCAUAUAUGUUUACAUAUCGAGACUUCGAGAUGGGAACUUUGGGUUUGGCGUGGACUGGUGAUCUUAAAAAUGCCGGCGGCGUGUGUGAGAAGAAUGGCCACUAUCGCGGUUCUUUGAAGUCACUGAACACAGGGAUUGUCACACUACUAAAUUAUGGUAAACAUGUUCCUCCAGCUGUAUCGCAUGUGACAUUAGCACAUGAAAUCGGUCAUAAUUUCGGAUCACCUCAUGAUCCGGAACAGUGCACACCCGGCGGUGAGGAUGGUAAUUUCAUAAUGUUUGCGCGCGCCACGUCCGGUGAUAAAAAGAACAACAACAAAUUCUCGCCAUGUUCACUAAAAUCCAUCGAACCCGUACUAAAUGCGAAAGCACGUAGCGCCAAAGGCUGUUUUACCGAACCGCAGGCGUCCAUUUGCGGCAAUGGCGUGGUGGAGGGUGACGAACAGUGCGACUGCGGUUGGGAGGAGGAUUGCAAGGAUACAUGUUGUUUCCCGAUGUCACGUCAUCCGCGCAUCGACGAAAAGCCAUGCACUUUGACACCGCGUGCCAUGUGCAGUCCAUCGCAGGGUCCAUGCUGUACGGGUGAUUGUAAAUUGAAAUUCGGCGAUAAGUGUCGCGAUGACAACGGCUGUCGCGAUCCGAGCUUCUGUAACGGUCUCGGACCAGAGUGUCCGCCAUCGGUGAACAAACCGAAUAAGACGAUAUGCAACAAAGAAUUCGUAUGUUAUAUGGGUGAGUGUACGGGUAGUAUUUGUUUGGCCUAUGGCCUCGAGUCAUGCCAAUGCAUACCGGGACCGACUGAUGACAAAAUUAAAUCGUGCGAAUUAUGUUGUAAAUUGCCCGGAGAAGGUAAUGCCUGUCGCAGUUCGUUUGAAUGGAAUGAGCCGCCGUUUGAUGUGCCGGAUAUGUAUGCGAAGCCGGGCACGCCGUGCAACGAUUACAAUGGCUAUUGUGACGUAUUCCAAAAAUGUCGCGAAGUUGAUCCAUCGGGACCGUUAGCUACGCUACGUAAAUUACUGUUGUCGGAGGAGAGUAUUGCCACAUUUAAGAAAUGGGUACAGCAUAAUUGGUAUACCGUUGUGUUGGCGGCAUUGGGCGUAUUCGUGUUGCUGAUACUCAGCACGAAGCUGUUGGCGAAGCGGUCGAAUUUGAAACUAAAAUCGGUGACCAUCAUACACAGCGCAACCACCGAAACAGUGCGUCUACCCGACGACAACAACGGCGUCAUCGUGCACACGGCCGUCCGUACAAAAGUACCGUUCAAGAAAAAGGUGCGUGGCGAGCGCACCAACAAAAGUAAGAGCGCGCACAGGAGCGGCAGUAGUGGCAACAUAGGCGCUGGGAAAACUAAGGGCAGCGGCGGCAAAGCGACGACCUCGAAAACAGGCGAUUUGGUUGCGAAAGCAACGCACGCGCAUAAUCGCAAUGGAAAGCCAAGUAAUACAGCAGCAACAACAACAGCUAGCGGUGCUGUUAGCGGCACUGUUGGUGAGGUGGCAGUGAAACCUACGCGCACUAAGAAAAAUCGUGUUGGUAGUGGUGGCGGCGCGGCUGCGCUGAAGUCCACUCCUAUUGCGGCAGCAUUAAACGCGUCACUUGCGGUCACUGGCAGCGGCGCAAAGUUGGAGAACGAAGUGAAAGCGAAGAGCAAGCGUUUUAAGAAACACAACAAAGAAAUCAUCGAUUAUUCAUCGCGCUGUGGACAGGAUGCGGCGAGCAUCAGCGGUAAUGCGCACACUAAUACCUUCGGUAAAGUGCAGAAAUGGCUGCUGGAAUCGCCGAUUGUAGUCCAACCGCUUUCGCAUAUCGAACACUCUUCAAAAAUACGAAAAGUGAUGAGCAAGUCGCAGUCCACGCCCGAACGUCUAGUACAAAAGUCCCCGCAGAAGUCCAAAUCGGUGACGAAUUUGGUCAAUGAUAAAGUGAAAUUACAAGUUGUAUAUAAACCGCCAUUUAAGUUCGCGCUGCGACUCUCCAAGAACGCCAAAGUGAAGACGCAUGUAAUUGGCGGUGCAGCGAACAAACUUAAGCGGCAAACACGUACGAAUGGCGUCGAGAACAAACGCAAGAGCAGCAAUCAAAAUAGCGAGGGUAGCAAGAACUCGGGCAGCGGUGGCAAUGACGAGGUUAAAUGCAAACGCAUUGCACUGCUACUCCGUAAUAAUAACGAAGACAAUCAAAUACUUACCUUAAAUGAACCGACCUACGAGACGCUCAAUCCGAAAACCAUGCCCUCCAAAAUGGAGAAUCCGUUCUAUGAGAAUCUGCAGUGCAGCACAGCGACGGGCGAAAUGCGCGCCGCCAUGGCCGCCAACAAUGAGGCGGCAGUGACCAACAACAUCUGUGCAACAUCGGCAAACGCAAGUGUGUCCAGCAAAACUGCCAGUUUAAGUGGCGGUAAGCUGACGUCCGAUGCGCACGCCGUCGGUGGUAUACCGCAAAAGCAACGCGCACACAACUACAGUCGCUCUAAUUCCUUUUCAGCCAACAAUCCAUUUGCCUCCAAUCAAAACGCGCGCAAGCUGAGCGAUAGCAGUACCGCGCAGCAGCCAACGGCGAGUGCAGCCAAUUUGGGCCGCAACUUUGGUAGCACACAAAACCUUGGCCAAAUAACGCAAAAUCAAAAUCAUCUAGCCAAAUCAAAGAAACGCAGUAGUCUGAAUCUGAAGCUGAAUAGCGCCGCAAAGAAUGGUAAGGAUCCGCCUAUAGCGACGCGGCGCAGCAAUUCCAAUAUGAAUUUACGUAGCAAUAAUGCGGUCGCCACAUAUCAGCCCAGUACCUAUUCGAAUGAUCCACAAAACUCCAUAGCCACCGCAACCACCAACACAACCACUUCUACACACGCUAGCAACGCCGCUGCCACUGUAGUUACGCCCGCGCCCACGGAACGUCAACUACGACGAAGCUCUAGCAGCACCGCCUACCAACACCAGCCAAAGUCCGCGAGCCAAAGCUCAGCUAGCCACGCUUUCUCAGCGGCUCUACCAGCUGCGCGCACCAGCUUCAGCAACAUACCACGUGCCAGUCUAAGUGCCGCUGCCAGCAGUGGCGCAAAUGCAAGCGCCGCCAACACAAAUGGCGGUCUUUGCAAUUUCAGUCGCAUAACCGAUGUGGAUCAACUAGUCGUCACAGGUAGUCAGUCCAGUCACAGCAGUCAGGGUAGUCACGCAAGCCACCUCAGCCACAGUAGUCACCACGCACCCGUACGCCACGAGCAUCGACGUAGUCGUAGCAGCGCACAAUCCACUGCAGCACCAUCACUAGCCAUCACUGCCAAUUCCAAUGCCACCGCCCCUUCGGAACAACAAAAACGUUCCAAUUCUAUAAGACAACUGCAACAUAAUUACCAUCCACCGCCGUUGCCAUCUGUGGCGGUGGCAUCCAGCCACAUUGGUCUGGCACGUAUGGAAGGGGAGCACGAACUGCCAUCCGACUUGGAGGUAUUGUUGUCCGAUGUGGAGAAUCUAGUUAGUUAAGGGUUAAUAGUUAUAAGCAAUAGAUGUGCGCUUGAGUACUGUGGGAAGGUGGUCGAAAGUGCUUUACGCAAAGCAAUUAAUCUGUAUUUAAUAGUGAUUAACGGUCAAUGGAUGUAUGUAUGUUUGUAGAAAAACUCAGCACAUUGUUUACCGAAUGUAAGUUGCUUCCAGUUCAUAUAGAGUAUUGCUGUUUUAUAACUGUUUUUGCUUCUUGUCAAACUGACAACGAAAUGUAAUCGAUAAAUAAUGUUUCUUAAAAAAUAUCGAUUUUAAAUUGUGUCAGGAAACAAGCAACUUUAAUUUCAUUCUGAUCCGCUUUAAUACACCCAUAUUAUCCACCCUUUUUUAACGAUUUUUCAUAAAAAAAUAAUUUUUUCAAUAUCUUGUGAUUGUAUUAAUUUACACAAAAAUAUGCGUUAAACGUUUUCGAAUUCAAAGUCUUAAGAAAAUUAGUUUAAAAUUAGAUUCAAAAAUUAAAUCUAAAUAUUGGAGAAAAAAUAGAAAAGUGAAUUCGAUCAACACAUAAGUCUGAAUAAUACCUCAAGUAUUUCGACAACAAAAUUUGUCCUAUUGGAAAAAUAUCUUUACAAAAAUCUUAUUAUUUUUAUAUUGAUUAUUUAUUUACAAAAAGUAAAGAAAAAGUAUCGACAACUGAUGUUAGUAGUUUAUCGAUAUUUUUUUAACAUUUAAACGAUACCAAAAACUUUCAAAAUUUUUCAUUCCAGUUUAUUUCCGUUACUUAUUACAUUUUUUUUUCUAUUUCGAUUUUUUUUUUAAGUUUAUCCAUAACUUAAAAUCCAAUUUAAAAAUAAACUCGAAUAAUACAGUUUUUAAAAUAACUAGAAAAUAUGAUACAAAAUUGUUUUUUUUUUAAUAUUUUUUUGAACAAACUUUUAAUUUUUAUAUAAUUUUAACACCUAAAAUAUGUUUCUGAAUUCAAAGAAUAUAAGCCAAGAACUAGAAUCGCACUUCUUCAAUACUUUGUAUCCUACUAUUACAUUACAUUAGUUUUAUUUAGAAACUUUCUUCUAACUUUAUUAUUUACAAAAUUUCUAACCAGGUUUGCUUACGAAUAAUCUUAUCCAAUCUCAAAAUAUUCAGUUAAUGAUAAAAAAAAAUAUAUAUCUAAAGU